GAGGAAGCAGCAGCAAAAUCCAAGCUUUUCACAUUUCCAACAAUGCUUUCGACAGAACCUGCCUUCGACGGGAGCAGAAUGAUUAAAGCUGUGGGGCUUUGAGCAGGCGAAAGGUGCGAGCUUUGAUUAGGAUGCCUUGAGUUCUGCCCUUUUCUCCCCCACCGAUGCAAUAUUUCUUCCUCCCAGGUUUGCUGAUAGGGAAAUCUUGGCAGCCAAUACAUGAACUUGGUGUAAGACCUGUGAAUCCUUAUUAGCAUUGAUAUCUGAAUCAAGGCCUUCUUCCAUGGAUGCCCUGCUGCUCUUUUUGCCUUUUGAGGAAUUGCUUCCGAGAUCAGUGUGCUUGGUGAAACUGAGCUCCUACAUGCUGUUUUGGCUUUCAGUCCUCCAACCCUUCUUCUGAUGUGCUGCUAAUUGUAUCUCUUUCUAGGAAACGAAAUCUGUUCAUUGGGGUUUGAAGACACCGAUGGAUACGAAUGAGAAUAACAAGUUUGAGCUGGAGAAGAACCAUGGCAAUCACUUGAGCAACCACAGUUCUGGCAUCUCUGAUCACUGGCAAUUCAACACCUCAACCUCCUCCAUGGCUGCCGGCCUUAUGAAUUUGGUGACCUCGUCUCCAUAUCCUUCAGCUUCGGAGAUGGAGCCCUUCACUCCUGGCCUCUGGAACCACCAUGCCGCUAAUUGUGUGCCGAUUGGAGAACCAGUUGCAGUGUCCUCCGGAGGGAUGCUGCCAUCGACUGUUCCUGGAAUUUCUUCCCCAAGACUGCCUCAUUUCCCCGCUGAAACGGCCUUAGUUGAACGGGCAGCAAGGUUUCCAUGUUUCAGUGGUGGUAAUUUUAGUGGCAUGAACCUCCUAUUUCGUCCAUCUGAAUCAAUGGUUCCAUAUACUAAUGCCAUGGAAGAUGUUACUGAGAUCCAGCUUGGGAAGACUGAAAUGAAUACAACUGUACAAAAUGGUGUCUUGCUCCCUGUUGACAAUGCAUCCGUCAACAGAGGUCUGAUCACUAAUCAAAUAGACUGCGAAUCCCAUGAAGCCAAUUUCACCAAAGGUGGUCAGGAAGGGAACACUGAUUCAUCUGAUGCAGCUAGGAAUUCAUCUCCUAAGAAGAGGAGGACCACUCAGAAGGAAGAGGUGAAAAGAGGCCCACAAUCAUCCUCAGAGACCACAAAGGAGACCACUGAAGGUAAACAAAAAGUAGACCAGAACAGCUCCGAGCACAGUGGAAAGAAUGGAAAAUAUAGCUCAGAAGCUGCAAAGGGGGAUUAUGUUCAUGUUAGAGCACGGCGUGGACAAGCAACUAAUAGUCACAGUCUUGCAGAAAGAGUAAGAAGGGAAAAGAUAAGUGAAAGGAUGAAGUAUCUUCAGGAAUUAGUGCCUGGUUGCAGCAAAGUCACAGGGAAAGCAGUUAUGCUGGAUGAGAUCAUUAACUAUGUUCAGUCACUCCAAAGUCAGGUUGAGUUCCUCUCCAUGAAGCUUGCUGCUGUCAAUCCACAACCCGAAUUCAGCACAGAAGGGCUUCUGGCUAAAAACCUUCUACAUUCUCAUGGUGGCUGCUCAUCUGCAACUGGAUUGCCGCAGGAGAUGAUUUAUCCUCAGGUAUCUCUAUAUCCAUCUCAGCAGGGUUUGAUGCAUUCUGCAAUCUCUGCCAUUAUUAACCCUUCAGAGGCACUUAGGAGAGACAUGAAUGCUCAAUUAUCAACAACCAGUGUUUAUAAAGAGUCUUCUCUGUCGGUAAUCCUACUUAUCAGACCUUUAAUUCUACCUGAUUUGAGAUGAUAAAUCAGAUUAUAUUGAUUAUUACAUGUGAAAGAGAGUAGGUAUUUGGAUCAAGGACACCAAAAGGGACAAAUUGAAGGAGAAGGAAAGAGGUUCUGAGAUCUAACCAGAAUAAAUAAUUUAAGAAUGAUUGUAGAGGAAAUUUGUUUAGUGUCAUCUAUUUUUUUCGAGAAUCUGCUUUUCUUGAAUUGAAUUAUCUGUUUCUGUAGUUUAUGAUUGACUAUACAUAAACAUUUCAUUUUCUUUGACCUUAAAGUUGUUUACUAGGCUAUAAACCUUUUCCUUUUAUUCAAUUCCCAUGAAUCGAUCUUGCUUCAAGAUUUAUCCCCGGUAACUAUCUCAUUUGUUUUAUCUUUCUAAAAUUUUUUUUUGGUAAGUAAAAGUAAAUUGAUUAUGUGUAAAGUUUCUACAAAUAACUUUGUCUAUACAAGUCAUAGACGAAACCAGGUAACUCAUAGAGUAUACAUGCGGUAGUUAUGACUACACAUGCUGUAGACUAUAACUCCUAACUGUAGCCAACAAAUAAAAUGUAAUGUCCAGAUAUGCCAAGACUACCUGUGGGUGCAACAUUUAAAUAUCAUGCCCAAGAUCUUUAGCUAAUAGCAAAAUUGAAUUUGACAAAAAUAUUUUUUUCUCUUCAUGUAAAGUGCUCCAUUUUGAGAUCGUGCUCCAUACAUGAUCUCGAGUCUCUAAUAAUCUCUGUCAAGAGCUGAGCAUUGUUUGUGUGUUGACACUCAAAGAUUCUGCUACAUCUCUCCUUCCACAUCCACCAAAUAGCACAUCUGAAAGUAAAAUUUGCCAAUUGUGUAAGAGGCCCUUUACUUGAGAAACAUUGUAUAAGGUCGCCUAAUUAUUGAUGCAAUUUGGUUGCGGCAGCCUAUUGAGUUUGAAUCAUUGGAGAAUUUCCUUCCAUAUCCAUUUAGUAUAGUCACAAGAAAAAUAGAGGUGGUCAACAGUUACUUCUUGUUGCAUACAAAGGGAGCAUCGGUUAACAUGAUAGAUACCUCUUCUCUUCAUAUUGUCUGUUGUAGGUAGUUUAUUAAGAAGGGCCUGUCAUGUACAUAAGGAAUGUCUUUGUGAUCUCGGUCGAUCCCAUGUCCAACUGCUUGGGAUCUACUUGUUAUUUCUUUGUCUGAUUUAAUUCCAUGCGGAUGUGGCACUAAAUUUACGAUUGUCAUGAGGCCAAAUAAGUAUAUCUGAAGAGUUGUUCCUGAUUGGAAUAGCUGUGAUAGUCGGCCAAAGUGAUAACAUUUCAGGAGAAAUAGGAUUAGGGAGACACCAGGUACCGUUAGUAAUGAACUCGGAAACCUUCGAAUCUUUGGGAGCCCCAAGGUUUUUUCAUAUUCUAUCACCAUAUAAUUGAAAUAUACUCUUCCCAUUCACCCAAGGAUCGUAUUAUAUAUUAGUACUAGUUCCAUAUGAGAUUGCAUAAGAAAUGUGUUUGAUUAGCCAAUUCUUUGCCUUUAAAAUUCCUCUUCUCAUGCAAAAAAAAAAAACUUUUUUUUUCAGUUAUUUAAGGUUCUAGUUUGGAAGCUCAAUUGUCGGAACUCAUCAUUUGAAACAUUUGGUAGCUAAUUAUAAUAAGCUUUCUAAUCAAUUUGGUAGUAGACUAGAAUCAAGGAAGUCCGAAGAUAAUGAUACCUUGCAUAUAGUAAAAACUGAGAAAGAUUCUUCAGCAGAAUUGGAUCUUGGAUUUUUUGCUCUCACCUUCAAAUUGCAAGUUCUAACUGAUGAGUAACUGUCGACACAUAUGUAUAUAUAUAGCAACCUAACUUUGGUGUUUCUUUUUUCCUUCCACAGAUACACAAUCCUUGGAACAAAGAGGUCGUCAUGCAAAUGACCUACGGUGCUAUUCCUCCAAAUGCACCAGAGAUGGAUACUAAACCUGAUGGCUUCACCAUCUAAAACAACUACUCUCACCAAGUUCCUGUGCUAACAUCCUAAAAUCUCAUUGUGCCUCCUUGGUUUGCGGCUAGAUCACUCAAAAGCACUCAUCGAUCAGAAGACCGGGAUAAGAGGUAGAAGAACGUACAGAAGAUUCAGCAUUCCUCUUCUACAUGUUACAUGAUGUAGCGGGCCGUUAUGCUUUUGGAAGUAAUUAUAGAGAGACAGUGAAUGUUCCUCAACAUUAAGAGUUGGCUUUUCAUUUGUAAUGGCAUAUAGGAUAAAAAGCUCAGCUGAUACAUGAAGAGAAGGCUCGGAUGUAAAAUGGGUUUAUUUUUUUAUCAAAAUGGAACAUCAA